AGCGUCCAGGCUCAGCCCCUGCCCAGAAGAGAGGCAGCGAUUUAUCCAGGCCUUUGGUCAGCUCACGAUGGGCUGGGGCGGCUGUGGCAAGGAUUGGGGCGGCAGCGGCUACGGUGGCUGCGGGCAGGAUUGGGGCGGCAACGGGGGCUGCGGCGGCUACGGCAAAGGCGGUCAGGAUUGGGGAGGUGGCGGUUGUGGAGGCUGCGGCGGCUAUGGCGGUGGCGGCAAGGACUGGGGUGGCAAGGACUGGGGCGGCAAGGGUGCCAGCGGCCCCCCCGCCAAAGGUUUUGGAGGUGGCAAGAGCUUUGGUGGCAAAGGCGGCGGCAGCAACUGGGGCGGCUGCGGCGUGUGGCAACCCAUGUUCAACCCCAUGAUGAUGAUGAUGAAGGGCAUGGGCAAAGGCUCCAACGGCCUCCGCGACUUCAAGAACGACCGGAAGGUGUGGAUUGGAGGGCUCGCGCCGGGCACCAACAGCAGGGAACUCAACAAGAAGCUGAAGGACCACCUGUCCACAGCCGGUGUCCCAUGUGUCUACGCGGAGAUUCACAGGACUGGCAGCGGGGGAGCUGCUUUCAAAUCCGAGUCAGAGGCGCAGACUGCAGCAGCUGCCUUGAACGGCUCCGUCUUUGAGGGGGUCAUGCUGCAAGUGGACAUGUGGGGCAAGAAGACGGCGUGAGCUUACCAUCCCGUCCACUGAGUGUUCUUAUUUCUUAUGUAGUUGCUCUGUCACAAGGCCCACAGGGGGCAGCGGGCCCCAUUUUGUGAUUGUUCUCAUGGGUGUCUCAACGCGGUUGCAAGGUUAUGAUUCGGCAAAAAGCGUAGCAGAAUUGCAGCAGUAGCCUUUGGGCCAUAUUUUUUGCUUUGGCAUUUUGUUGGCGAAUUCUAUCUUGCUGGACCAGUCUUUGGCAGGUGAGCCCCUGCCAGAACUGUGUCUGCCGUUUUGAUGGAUCAGUAGAUCGACGUGGUCUUGCUGUUUGCUUCUCUAGUUUGAUCAUGUUCUUUGAUUCGCUUGUGGGGUCUGCUUGCAAGAAACGCUGCCAGCCUUCUGGUCUCGUGCCUGGCCCUUUCUUGCAGUUUUUGGUAGCGCGCCCAAAUAUCCUGCCACUAUGGGCUGGGGCGGCUGUGGCAAGGACUGGGGCGGCGGCGGCGGCUGCUACGGCGGCGGCUGCGGUCAGGAUUGGGGCGGCAACGGCGGCUGUGGUGGCUACGGCAAAGGUGGUCAGGAUUGGGGAGGCGGCUGUGGUGGCUGCGGCAAAGGCGGUCAGGACUGGGGUGGCGGUGGUUGUGGCGGCUGCGGCGGCUAUGGCGGUGGCGGUGGCAAGGACUGGGGUGGCAAGGACUGGGGUGGCAAGGGCGCCAGCGGCCCCCCCACCAAAGGUUUUGGAGGUGGCAAGAGCUUUGGUG